AAAGGUCAGCAUUUCGUUGCAGAACAGUCUCCUUCAGCUCGCCCUCCAACCGGUGACGCCUGCUUCUGCCGUGUGUUGUGAGGAACACUUCCAAAAAGUCACUUUAGUGUAACACUAACACAGUCUUCAACUGGUAUAAUGGCCGUGCCUCCCGCUUAUGCUGAUUUGGGCAAAUCUGCCAAGGAUAUCUUCAACAAAGGCUAUGGAUUUGGCCUGGUGAAGCUUGAUGUCAAGACAAAGUCAGCCAGCGGAGUUGAAUUCAAAACAUCUGGUUCGUCCAACACUGAUACCAGCAAAGUUGUCGGUUCCCUGGAAACCAAAUACAACCGGCCUGAAUAUGGCCUGACCUUCACUGAGAAGUGGAACACUGACAACACGUUGGGAACAGAAAUCGCUGUUGAAGACCAGAUUACAAAAGGACUGAAGUUGACAUUUGACACAACCUUCUCACCCAACACUGGCAAGAAGAGUGGCAAAGUUAAGACCGCUUACAAGCGUGAGUACAUCAACUUGGGCUGCGAUGUUGACUUUGACUUCGCUGGCCCCACAAUCCACGGAGCCGCUGUCAUUGGUUACGAGGGAUGGCUCGGCGGUUACCAGAUGAGCUUUGACUCCGCCAAAUCCAGAAUGACCAAGAGCAACUUCGCCAUCGGCUACAAGACGGCAGACUUCCAGCUACACACAAGCGUCAAUGAUGGAGCAGAAUUUAGUGGUUCCAUCUACCAGAAGUCCAGUGACAAGCUGGAGACUGCAAUCAACCUGGCAUGGACUGCUGGCAACAACAGCACAAACUUUGGCAUUGCUGCCAAAUACCAACUGGAUAAAGAUGCCUCCAUCAGUGCUAAAGUUAACAACAGUAGCCUUGUUGGUUUUGGCUACACCCAAUCUCUUAGACCAGGUGUGAAACUGACUCUCUCUGGUCUGAUCGAUGGGAAGAACAUCAAUGUAGGAGGCCAUAAGCUGGGUCUGGGCUUGGAACUGGAAGCUUAAACUGUCUUCAUGCAACAAGGGACAAGGGAAUAUCAGACUAAUCGGGCCUUAAAAGUAUGUCCAACUCAAACCAGCAAAGGGAAAUCAUAGAGAGAUCGGUUCAAAGGCUUCUGCAACAUCAUCUUGGGCACCAAGUCAUGUUGGUGCUUUUGUCUUCAGAAUAUUUUAUUUUUGUUGAUGCUUUUUACUUUGUGAUUGCAUCAAACCAAAAGUCUGUCAUUGUCAUAUUAUUUAUGCAUUUUGUCAUUGUUCCUGUUCAACACUGCCACGGUAAUUGUAAUAAUCCAAUCCCUC